AUGCACAUCCCAUCCCAUACCUCACCUCAUCCCAUACCUCACCUCAUCCCAUACCUCACCUCAUCCCAUACCUCACCUCAUCCCAUACCUCACCUCAUCCCAUACCUCACCUCAUCCCAUACCUCACCACAUCCCAUACCUCACCUCAUCCCAUACCUCACCUCAUCCCAUACUUCACCUCAUCUCAUACCUCACCUCAUCCCAUACCUCACCUCAUCCCAUACCUCACCUCAUCCCAUACCUCACCUCAUCCCAUACCUCCCCUCAUCCCAUACCUCACCUGAUCCCAUACCUCACCUCAUCCCAUACCUCACCUCAUCCCAUAGCUCACCUCAUCCCAUACCUCACCUCAUCCCAUUCCUCACCUCAUCCCAUACCUCACCUCAUCCCAUACCUCACCUCAUCCCAUACCUCACCUCAUCCCAUACCUCACCUCAUCCCAUACCUCACCGCAUCCCAUUCCUCACAUCAUCCCAUACCUCACCUCAUCCCAUACCUCACCUCAUCCCAUACCUCAUCUCAUCCCAUACCUCAUCUCAUCCCCUGCCUCAUCUCAUCCCAUACCUCAUCUCAUUCCAUACCUCAUCUCAUCCCAUACCUCAUCUCAUCCCAUACCUCAUCUGCUCAGAGGGACACGAUGAAUGCCCCACAACAGCAACAGCCGAGUCAGCAGCAGUAACAAGCAUGGUGGGGGGCGCAUUGGUGAAGGGCAGGCAUGGAACCGGGUGGGUAGAGUGGUCGGGGAGCAGUGAGGGGAUGCAGCUGCAACAGCAAUUCUAUCUUGUUGUACUGAAUCCAUGA